GUCUUAGUCAGUCCAGCCUCCAGUCAUGCGUGAUUGUUCAGAGUUGUUUAGUGAGUGAACGCAGACUAAAGUCGCCGUGCUUGUGUGAAGAACAUGACAGGGGAGAGUUGAAAGUUAAUACUUUUUUUUUUUUUUUUUAUCGGCGCCGUCACCUUUUUGUUUUAUUUUUCUUCUGUCUUUGACUUUGUUACUUAAGAAGCCAUGGAGCCGAUAACAAAGUGGACGCCAAAACAAGUUGUCGACUGGAUGAAAGGGUUGGAUGACAGCUUGCAGCAGUAUAUUAGUAACUUUGAGAGGGAAAAGAUCAGCGGAGAACAGCUAUUAAAGAUCACUCAUCAAGACUUGGAGGAACUGGGCGUUGCAAGGAUUGGACACCAGGAACUGGUCCUUGAGGCCGUCGAUUUGCUUUGUGCUUUGAACUAUGGAGUGGAAACGGAUAACCUGAAGAAUCUUGUCGUGAGGAUGAGAGCUGCAACCAACAGUCUUCACAUUGCUACAAAUGAUCGCAGAAAAAGCCCCCCAUCUGAGGGAAGCAUGUCUCGCAAGCCACCAAAUGACUUCCUAACCUCUGUGGUGGAGCUGAUUGGUGCUGCAAAGAGCCUCCUAGCUUGGCUUGAUAGGACGCCUCUCACAGGGAUCAGUGACUUCACAGCUACCAAGAACAAGAUCAUACAGCUGUGCCUGGAGUUGACCACCACAGUUCAGCAGGACUGCAGCGUCUAUGAGAUGGAAGAAAAGAUUCUGGAAGUUUCCAAGACUUUGAACAACAUCUGUGACCAGACCGUGAGAACCACAUCGGACCCCCUCAUGAGCCAAUCUGCCUGUCUGGAAGAAGUCCAGCUGACCAACAUCAAACCAGGCGAGGGGCUGGGAAUGUACAUCAAGUCGACGUACGAUGGUUUGCAUGUCAUCACUGGAACUACAGAGCAUUCUCCUGCAGACCUUUCAAGGAAGAUCCAUGCAGGGGAUGAAGUGAUUCAGGUCAACCAGCAAACAGUGGUUGGCUGGCAGUUGAAAAACCUUGUUUUCAAACUGAGAGAAGACCCCAAAGGUGUGGUUCUACUACUGAAGAAGAGGCCGACAGGAACUACAAGCUUCACCCCCGCCCCACUUAAGAACAUGCGCUGGAAGCCCCCCGUACCUCAGAAUAAUUCCUCUCUGAUCCGAUCCCAGUCCCCCUCCAGUUCAGCUAAUGGAUCUACUAAAAAGGAGAAGCCAGCUAUUAUGGACUUGUACAUUCCUCCACCGCCUCCAGUGCCGUACACUCCACGAGAGAUGAGAUCAGACUCCCUCUCCAGCAUUAGUAAAAGACCGAAGGGCUCUGAGUCACCCAACUCCUUCCUGGACCAGGAGCGCAGACAACGUACCACCAUCACAGAUUAUGACAAGUUAAACCCCGGAUGUCCCAUUGAAGCCACUGUAAUCCAGCCCAGAAUGAGGGAGCAUAAGGCUUCACGUGGUAAGCCAAGGCCACUGUCGAUGCCAGCAGAUACUUGUGUUGCAGUAGUGGACACAUACGCCAAGCCCUGGGCACAUGGCAGAAAAGGCGAGGACCUGCUGUACAGAUACCUCAGCAAUGAGCGGAUUCCCACCAUUGCCGAGGAGGUCCCGUCUGCAUCCUCGCCCUACAGGCCUGCGAGGGAGCGUCAGCUCGUCCGAGUGGACCGCAUCCGACACAGCUGCUACUAUUCCAACUCAGACCUCCACAACAGUGCCACCAUCCCCUACCAGGAGGACACGAAAAAGGCCCCCGUAAGCUCCAUCUCAAAGCGCACCCCGGCAGAGCGCUCACUACUGGAACAUGACUGGUUCUCUAGCAGGGACUUCCUGAACCGAUACAACCAACCUCAUAUGCGAUCUUGGUCUUUCUCACAAGCAGCUGCCUUCCCUUUGUCUGUGAGUCCUUCGAUGGCUGCUGACGACUAUAAUCCUGUCUCCCUGAGGCACAAGUCGAAGAAGAAGAACCGAGGGGGCAAUGGUACCAUGAGUAGAAGACGAAUCUCCGUCAAAGAGCUUGGUCAACCGGACCACCAGGGCUGGCUUUACAGAAAGAAGGAGACCAAGGGUUUCCUGGGAAUCAAAUGGAAGAAGUACUGGUUUGUCCUUAAGAAAACUGCACUCUACUGGUACACCAACCAGUUGGCGGAGAAAGCAGAGGGCUACAUUGACCUCGCAAAUUUCGUGAUAGAUGUAGCCAUCGAGUGCAAGAAGAAGCAUGCAUUCAAAGCCUGCCAUCCUCAGGUCAUGAUGUUUUAUUUUGCUGCUGAGAACCACGAGGACAUGAAUCUCUGGUUGAACAAGCUUGGGCUGGCCUCCAUUAAUUAUGAGCAAACAGAUCAAACCACAGCAGCUGAGUGUUACAGUGAAGCCAGCGAUCACGAAGAAGCAGAGAGCACAGAGAUCCCCCCUCCGCCAUACUCGGAGCAGACCCUACGGGACUCUGUGGAUGCAUCUAAUCCACCUGGGAGCACACAUCAGGGUACUGUACCACCACCAUAUUCUUCCACAGCUCCUGCAGUAACCAGCGAUUCGCUCUCCUCCCCCGUCAGUACGAUGACGUCGCAGAGCUCCGCCUCUUCGCUCGCUAAGCAACGGCAGUCCUGGAUGGACCUUGUCUCACAGGCGUCCUCUACUCCAGCCGGGGAGACAGCAGUGGUGUGCUCGGUCCAGGUUCACACUCAACGACCGCCACAAGGGAGAACAGAAGUGGGAGCAGUGUCGGAAAGCUCGGUUCCUAAGAGCUCCACAGACUCAAAUGGGUCCAACAAAGAGAACCCAGCAGCUCAUGGGGAGGAGCAGAGGGAUGUUUUAGGUCCUCAAAGUGCAGGCAGUCGUGGGAAUAGCUCUGAUGAGAUGGAAAAGCUGUACAUUCAUCUAAAGGAGGCCAGCCUUUCACCAAUAGGGGAUCGGAAACCAUCCACAAAAAGGGAAUUCAGGGCCUCUUUUGUUAAACGCUGUAAAAACCAGACCGUUAACGAUAAGCUACACCAUAUCAGGGCACUCAAUAGCACGCUAAAGUCUAAGGAAGCGGACUUGCAGGCAAUAGAGCAGGUGCUGUGUGACCCGGAGCUUACCUCAGACAAGUUCAGAGAGUGGAAGGAAGCCAACGCACCACUGAUGGUGGAGAUCUGCGUCAAAGACGACCAGAAGGGGGCGCCAGAGGCUGUGACAGCUGCAGCAUCAGUCACCGCUGCCCCUGUUGCAGAGACCAGUUUAUAAGAAGUCCCCCUGACUUAGUUUACGGUGUUUGGACUUGGACCUCAUGAUUACAUACACUCACUGCUGUGAUUUAGUCAGAUGACACUUCAGUUCCAUGUAAACGCAUAUUUAACUGCUGUUUAACAUGCAUCUGUAAAGUGUUUUUUGUUUUGUUUUGUUUUUUUCUGUUUUAGGUUUCAUAUUGACUUGGAAACAUGAGCAAUACACAUAAAAAUGUGAUUUCUGUUUUAGUAUUACUUUUACUUGCCACUUGGUAGGGUCAGCUAAUUUUUCAGAGCUUAGUAUUUUUCAGCAUUUUAAUUCACAGAACCUUUGCAUAAACUCUGAUUGUAUGGAACAGAAUGCACAGAAACACUGUUUUUUGUUUGUUUUUGGUAUUGUUUUUUACUGUGUAAUUUAUCUACUUUGUUUUCAUCUGCAGGGAACAAAUUCCCAGAUUGUUGUCUAAUUAUUGGUGCUGUGCACCAUCUGUGCCUGUUACAAGCAAUCCAGGAGCCAUGAUUCUUUCCUUGUGCUGUAGAGGUCACAUCAUGCUUUAUAUUAAGUGUUCUGACUGAACAAUAAACCCUGUAGUUAGAAUAAAUCACAUCCUGAUAAUUUCAGAUAAA